CCGCGUGUCACGAGAGCGUCCGAGCGGAUGGUGGCCACCACUCACCGCUCCCUUUUACAACCACCGGUUCGUCCGAAUGUCCCCACAUUUCGCCACCUAUCCUUUAUCGACUCCGCCCAACCGACGUGUCCUGUUACACGGUGGUACCCGCUCCCUUCUCCGACCACCAGCCUGUCCCUCAUUUCGCCAUCUGUCCUUGUCUUUUUUCCUCCUUGGUGUAACGGACCCUGUGCCUUUAAAACUGGUCAAGAUUCCCCAUCGGAGAGCAAACGCGCACUCUCCAAAGCUUCGAGUUCUUUCUCCGCCCCUGCCGCCGCCAUGGAUUCCGGCCAUUUUCCGCUUCUCCUCGCCCUACUCCUGACGAUCCUCGCCGGAAUAUCGUCGGCAUUGCCGGAAAAUGCUCCCACAUUGCCGUCGCAGAUCAACUCCAACUCGGUCCUGGUCGCGCUGCUCGACUCCCACUACACGGAGCUGGCGGAGCUCGUGGAGAAGGCCCUCCUCCUCCGCGCCCUAGAGGAUGCUGUCGGCCGCCACAACCUCACCAUCUUCGCCCCCCGCAACGAUGCCCUCGACCCCGAGUUCAAGCACUUCCUGCUCGAGCCCGGCAACCUCAAGUCGCUCCAAACCCUCAUCCUCUACCACGUGAUCCCCUCCCGCGUCGUCGCCUCCGAAUCAUGGGCGGCCGAGCCCGUCGACCAGCGGACCCUCUCCGGGGACCGCCUCCGCCUCUCCGGUGACGGCACCGCCGUGAAGCGGGUCGGGACCACCGUCGUGAUCCACCCGGACGCGGUGGUCCGCCCGGACGGCGUCAUCCACGGCAUCGAGCGGAUGCUGGUCCCCAGAUCCGUCCAGGAGGAGUACCUCAACCGCCGGCGGAGGCUGUCCUCCGUCGCCGCCGUGCUGCCCACCGGCGCGCCCGAGGCCGACCCCCGGACGACCGGUCACCGCCUCUUCCCCUCGAGACCGGUCUCCCCUUCCGACGGGCCGACGACGUCCCCGGACCCCGCUGUGGCGGCUCCGUCGUCCGCGCCGGCGCCGGCGCCCGGGUCUGCCUUCCAGGUGUUCGAUGGGGAGAGCGAGGUGAGGGACUUCAUCCAGAGCCUGAUCCGGUACGGCGGGUACAACGAGCUGGCGGACGUGCUGGCGAACCUGACGUCGCUGGCGUCGGAGAUGGGGCGGCUGGUCUCGGAGGGCUACGUGCUGACGGUGCUGGCGCCCAACGACGAGGCGAUGGGGAAGCUGACGGCGGAGCAGCUGAGCGAGGCGGGAGCGCCGGAGCGGAUGGUGUACUACCACCUGAUACCCGAGUACCAGACGGAGGAGAGCAUGUACAACGCGGUGCGGCGUUUCGGGAAGGUCCGGUACGAUACGCUACGGGUGCCCCACAAGGUGGUAGCCAGGGAGGCCGACGGCUCGGUCAAGUUCGGCCAGGGGGAGGCCUCCGCCUACCUCUUCGACCCGGACAUCUACACCGACGGCAGGAUCUCCGUGCAGGGCAUAGACUCCGUGCUCUUCCCGCCGGAGGAGGAUACCGUGUCGCCAGCGCCGGCGCCGACCGCCACCGUUGGCGUUGCCAAGCCAAGGCGAGGAAUGUUGCUUGAGGUGGCGUGCCAGAUGGUGGGUGCCUUCGGUCAGCGGUCUCGUUUCACCACCUGCCAGUAGACACGGCCAACCAGAAAAGAAGCAUAGACAGAAGAAUAAAAGGUCACACAAAAGCGCUCCAUUACUUGUGAUAAUUGUGUUCUUUGCUAUGAAGCAGAAGUGAUGAAUACUGAUAAGUGAAACGUCUGUGAGCAGGUGCAGCAUGGUCGCCUGAGGUAGUAGCCAAGCAGGAUGAUGUAUAAAAUUUGUUAGACAGCUUAUCGCAUUGGAGACUAGUUGGAUUUCCCAUAGAUUUUCUUUCCGUUGUUCUUGUUCUAUGGUGCAGCUGUAUGCUCGGAGAGGAAAGAUGAGGUGGCUAGCAUGGAUGGGGUUCUGGUGUUUCUCUUUGUUCGAUUUUCCUUACUAGUUACUGGUUAUAUGGUAACACUCGCAUGUGAAUAUCAAUAAAGAGGAAAUUAGUAGGAUGAGCACUAUAUAUUUGGACACUGUUGUCAUAAAUCGGUAUGAGAUGUCUCUUUAUUUUCCCA